AUGGAUGCCACCAGUACAGCGCUCGAAGCCUUCUCUUCAUCCUCACCAUCCAAUUCCUCAAAACAUUGGAAAUACGACGUGUUCUUGAGCUUUAGAGGUGAAGACACACGCAAGAACUUCACGGACCACCUCUAUUGUACAUUAAAAGACAACAGGGUCAACGCCUAUAUUGAUGAGAAAGAACUACCAAGAGGCGAAAAUAUAUCAGAAGAACUAAAGCAAGCAAUCGAACAGUCUAGGAUCUCUGUCAUCGUCUUCUCAAACAGGUAUGCGGAUUCCACAUGGUGUCUUGAGGAGCUGGAGAAGAUCAUGGAGUGUAGAAGUAGAGGACUUGGGCAAAUGGUUUUGCCAAUUUUCUAUGAUGUUGAUCCUACACAUGUCAGGAAACAAACUGGUAGUUUUGCAGAAGCAUUCAAAACACAUGAAGCGAACUUCCCUAAAGAUAACGAUAAGAUAAAGAGGUGGAGAUCUGCUUUGUUUGAAGCUGCAAAUUUGGCUGGCGGGAACCUUAAAAACAUUGAUGGGUAUGAAGGAAAGUUUGUAGAGAAAAUUGUAGCCGAGAUCACCAGAAAACUGAACAACACAUGCUUACACGUAGCCACCAACCCAAUUGGAAUAGAUUCCCAUGUGAAAGAAGUCAGUAAUUAUUUGCGUGUUGGAGGAUCAGAUCAUGAUGUUCGCAUUAUUGGCAUUUUGGGUAUGGGUGGAACGGGUAAGACAACAAUUGCAAAAGUCAUUUUCAACGAAUUUGAACGAAGUUUUCAAGGUAAGAGUUUUCUUUCAGAAGUGAGGAAAGGGGAUAUGGUUAAAUUGCAAAAUAAACUUCUUUGUGAUAUCUUGAAACCGGCCAAGAUAAAGGUAACUAGUGUCGAUGAAGGAACCAAGAAGAUAAAAGACAAACUUGGCAGCGUAAAGGUACUCGUCAUAUUUGAUGAUAUUGACGAAGAACAAUUAGAUAAGUUAGCUAUAAAACGCGAAUCCUUUGGUCCAGGGAGUAGAAUUAUUGUAACAACUAGAAAUGAACGUGUUCUAAAGAUACUUGAAGUGGAUGGCACAUGUUCGCCACAAACAAUGAGUGACAAAGAAGCUCUUCAACUCUUUUGUUGGCAUGCCUUUACUGAGGAUCAUCCUAAUGAUGAAGAUUAUCUUGAACUCUCAAAAAAAUUUGUUGAGUACUGUAGAGGUUUGCCACAGGCACUUGAAGUUUUAGGUUCUUAUCUACGUAAAAGAACCAAAAGAGAAUGGAAAAGUGCAUUGAAAAAAUUGAAAAGAAAGCCUCACAGGAAAAUUCAUGAAAUGCUUAAAAUAAGCUAUGAUGGGCUAAUUGAUGAUGAAGUGAAGGCUAUCUUCCUUGAUAUAUCUUGUUUUUUAAUUGGAAUGAACAAGAACUAUGUCGUGACAAUAUUGGAUGGCUGUGACUUCGAUACAGAAAUAGGAAUUGGAGAACUCCAUGAUCGAUGCCUCGUAAGUGUUGAUGAAGGAAACAACCUGAUAAUGCAUGAUUUGCUUCGAGAUAUGGGCAGAGAAAUCGUACGUGAAAAAUCCCCGGACAUUACCGGAAAGCGUAGUAGGUUGUGGGAUCCUGAAGAUGUAAAGGAAGUAUUGAGAAGCAAAUCUGGAACAGAGAAAAUUGAAGGGCUCACUUUAGAUUUGCAAGAAUCUCAGCAGGAUAGCUUCAGUGCAGAAGCAUUAGAAGGGAUGCAGGGACUGAGAUUGCUCAAACUCAAAGAUGUAAAUUUCAAAGGACCCUGCAAACAUCUUUCCAAAAAGUUAAGUUUGUUGUGUUGGCCUGAGUGUCCUCUAAAAUCCAUGCCACAAGAUUUCAUUCAACGAAACAUGGUUGAUAUCGACCUGAGUCGUAGCCGCAUAGAAGUGUGGAAGGAUUCAGACGUGGCACUUGAGAAGUUGAAGUUUCUUAAUCUUGGUGGUUGCAAUCGCCUGAAAAGAUUUCCGGACUUUUCAAAACUCCCAAAUCUCAAGAAACUGAUACUCCAAGACUGUAAGAAUUUGUCCAAGAUUUUCCAUUCCAUAGUACAACUGAAAAACCUUGAAUACUUAUACCUUGCGGACUGCAAAUUAGCUGAUAGAGCAAUUCCUGAAGAUCUUGGGGGUCUAUCUUCUUUGAGAGUUUUAGAUUUAAGAGGAAAUGCUUUCAAGAGACUGCCAACCCUCAGCCACCUUUCCAAGCUUCAAACUUUACAAUUGUCUAAUUGCUCGAAGCUUCUGGCAAUCCCGGAUUUACCAACUAAUUUGGAAAUCCUGCAAGCGGAUGAGUGCAUUGCAUUGGAAAAAAUGCCAAAUUUUUCAGAAAUGUUGCGCAUGAGAGAAUUGCAUCUUAAUCACUCCCCCAAGCUUACAGAGAUUAUUGGCUUGGAGAAGUCAUUAUACUCCAUGACAAGAAUUCAUAUGGAAGGAUGCACCAAUCUCACUGCAGCCUUUAAGGAAGCAAUCAUACAGGGAUGGAGUGCAAAUGGAAAUGGUGGCCCUUUUCUUCCUGGAAAUGAUUCUCCUUCAUUGCUUAGGCGUGUCAACCCUAAGGUUGAAAUAAUUUCUCGUCUCCCAUUCCCAAAGUUUGUGUUGUGA